AUGAUUCGUCCCUCCGACCCGGACACUGUUUAUACCCCUAUUGCAUUCGUGGGCUGUAGUUUACAAUUUUAUGCGCCAUACUCAGAUCGUCUCAUAGGAUUAGUAACCAAGGAUGAGUACGAACAAUCACUGAAGAAUAUCAAUGAUGCGGGCAAAAUCUGGAAGCGAUAUUUGAUUGUUUUAGUGCUAUUGCUUCCAGUAGUAGCAUUAGGAACUGUUUUUCUGAUCAUUCAAGGCGUAAUGGGCGAUAAAAUAAAUCAGGCAGGCAAAUCUGUCUUAUUAGCUUUUGGAAUAAUACUACUGGCCAUAGCGAUGCUGAGCAUCAAAAUUCAUAAUCCUGCUGCAUCCAAUAAUACAAGCUCAGUUCCUCAGCACAACACACAAUAUCAUGAUGUUGAAUAUUUCUCUAUUGGAGACCGAAAUGAUCCAUCUUCUAUUCCAAAGAAUAAUUUCAGAGAAAUUCAAACUUGUUUUCGAUGCAAGAAACCACGUACAAAUCCUGCAGUGAAAUUUUGUACAGGUUGUGGACGACUAUUCGAUGACUAA